GCCUGGAACGUCAGCCACGCAUCGCUGUGAUCCCGGCUUCAGUGGUGUCGUCAUCAAACAGCGCCUUACGGGAGCACUGCGAGGCCGAGGAAGCUGAGGAGGAGGAGUUUCUUCUAGAUCGUUCAGUUGUGUAUGUCUGCUGUGAAGAUAUGAGCACCUUUAACCUCGACCGCUUCCGUUUUGACAAGAAUAAAAAAGUGGACCAAGUCUCAAAUGAAAAUGCAGGCUCAAGCCGACCCAGUACUCCAAAGUCUGAGUUAGAUGGCAAAGCAGUUACCAGUAUCCCAGAGACCCCAGAAUAUAAGAGAAAAAACAAUGUGUCCUUGUUUAAGGAAAAUAAAGGUAUUAAUUUCCUUGAUUCAGAUUCCGAAAACGAAGACCAGGAAAACAAGCCAAGCUUCAGUUCCUUGCACAGCAAAGUCCACCCACGACAAGAGAAUGGUUUUUCUGAAUCUCCCACGGAUGAUUCUGAAGACGAGUAUCCCCCUUCAAAAAUGACUACUUCAAGAAAUGUACCUCAUAAAAAGAAUGAAACCAAAGAUGAAAAAAUGCAAAAACUUAAGGAAAUCUUCCCUCAGCGGACCAGUGAAGAGUUAUCACAACUGCUUGAUACCACGGACACGCUUGAGGAUGCAGUUGCUGCUGGCAUGGUUCAGUUUGAUGAGAAAGGUUCAUCUCGGAAAAGGAAGCUGGAAGACAGUCCUAAAAAGUCUCCAGAGGAAGAAGGCAAUGAGAGACAAGUUGCGAAGAAGAAAAAAUCUGAUUCAUUUGCUAUAGAUGACAGUUCUGGUUCUGAUGAUGAACUUGAAAAACAAGAAGCCAGCGUAAGAAAGCUGCAGAAACAUUUUCCUGAUUUGGAUAAGGAGGAGCUUAGAGAGGUACUCCAGGAGCAUGACUGGUCCUUUCAUGAAGCACUUGAGGCUCUAAAGCUGUUUGCAGAAGAUGAACAAGAUGACUUGAGGAAUGCUUCCACAAAUGAAGUGUCUAAUGGCCUAAAGAAAAAAUCAAAAGGCAAAAAUAACGAUAGCAGCGUCCAAAGCGACUUAGAAAGUGAGGAUUCAGCUUCGGAUGAAGGCAGCGUUCUGGAUGAAGACUACAGCAGUGGGGAUGAAACAAUGGAGGAGAAGUACAAAGCUAGAAUAGUCAGCUUCUUGCAAGAUGCCUCCCUGGAUGAGCUCUCUCUCAUCCCCCAGUGCUCUCUAAAGAAAGCUCAGAGGAUCACUGAGCUCCGGCCCUUCCAUUCUUGGGAUUCUCUGCUUAAUAAAGUGAACACAGUGAAUACACUUUCCAUAGACCUGGUUUGGGACUGCAAAAUAUUGAUCAAAGAAAGAGAGGUGGUUUUGAAACUUAUGAACAAAUGUGAGGACAUUUCAAGGAAAUUAAUGACGCAGGUCACUCAUAUCACCGAAGACGGGGAAAGUGGAUGGAAUAUACAGCAACCUUCUAUCCUCAGCAAGAGCCUGGUGCUCAAGCCUUACCAAAAGAUUGGCUUAAAUUGGCUAGCCCUCCUUCACAAACACAAAGUGAACGGAAUUUUGGCCGAUGAGAUGGGUUUGGGAAAAACGGUCCAAGCCAUAGCAUUCCUUGCACAUCUUUACAUGAACGGAGACAACGGCCCACAUCUUGUGGUGGUUCCAGCAUCCACACUAGAUAACUGGGUCCGAGAGUUCAACCACUGGUGUCCAGAUCUGAACAUCUUGCUAUAUUAUGGCUCUCAGGACGAGCGAAGACAUUUACGAUAUGACAUCUUGAAUAAGAUUGUAGAAUUUAAUGUUAUCGUCACAACAUACAAUUGUGCAAUCAGCAGCGCUGAGGAUCGCGGAUUGUUUCGCCGCUUGAAGCUGAAUUACGCAGUGUUCGACGAAGGACACAUGCUGAAAAACAUGAGUUCCAUUCGCUAUCAGCACCUUAUGACCUUAAAUGCCAAGAAUCGUCUGCUGCUAACUGGAACUCCAGUCCAAAAUAACCUGCUGGAACUGAUGUCUCUCCUGAAUUUUGUGAUGCCUCACAUGUUCAGCAGCAGUACCAGUGAGCUCAAGAGGAUGUUCUCUUCCAAAGCGAAAUCUACUGACGAGCAAAGCACUUUUGAAAAGGACAGAAUCGCCCAUGCAAAACUGAUCAUGAAGCCAUUUAUACUCAAAAGAGUAAAAACUGAGGUUCUCAAGCAAUUGCCUCCUAAGAAAGACCACAUAAAGUUUUGCCAAAUGUCCAAAAAGCAGCAGCAUCUGUAUGACAGUUUAAUGGCUAAACUGAAGAGGUCCAUUGAGGGACCAGAAAAAACUUCUGAGCUUUGUAAUGUAAUGAUGCACUUAAGAAAAAUGGCCAAUCACCCCUUGCUACACCGUCAAUAUUAUACAGCAGAAAAAUUACGCUCCAUGUCCAAGCUAAUGCUCAAGGAACCAACCCAUUGUGAAGCUAAUCCUGAUCUAAUCUUCGAGGACAUGGAAGUCAUGACAGACUUUGAGCUCCACAGACUGUGCUCCGAAUUUUGCAGCCUCUCUCAGUAUAAGCUUGAAAAGGAACUGAUAUUAGAUUCUGGAAAAUUUGAGGUUCUUGACCAACUAUUGUCUGAUGUGAAGAAACAGGGCAGCAGAGUGGUACUGUUCAGCCAGUUCACCAUGAUGUUGGAUAUUCUAGAAGUUUUCCUGAAACAUCACCAGCAUAGAUAUAUUCGGCUGGAUGGGAAAACUCAAAUCUCUGAAAGGAUACAUCUUAUAGAUCAGUUCAAUACCGACAUGGAUAUAUUCAUAUUCCUUCUGUCUACUAAAGCGGGUGGACUUGGGAUCAAUCUUACUUCAGCCAACGUUGUAAUCCUUCAUGACAUCGACUGUAAUCCUUACAAUGACAAGCAGGCAGAAGAUCGUUGCCACAGAGUAGGGCAGACAAAGGAAGUUACUGUUACCCGAUUGAUCGGCAAAGGAACAAUUGAGGAGUCCAUGUUAAAAAUUAGUCAACAGAAGUUAAGACUGGAACAAGAUAUGACUACAACAGAUACAGGUGAUGAAGGUAACAUACCCCUUGACAUGGCAACACUUCUAAAAACAUCACUAGGUCUUUAACAAGACUUUCACUGCACGUGCGAUUCUGAAAAUGCAGUAUAAAGCCAUUGGUUUUAAGAACUUUGGACCCUGUACAGCUUUGCUCCAAUUUGCUAUAAGAAUAACUGCUAUUAACUUACAUGACUUUAGUACAUUUGAACUGAAGUUGACAAACUGUACUAUUUCCUACCUGUGGCAGCUGAAUAAACUUUUUGGAAAAAAAAAAAACAUUCUUGAUAUGCGAAUUUGAUGUUUGUAACAAUGAAUAUGCAUUAGUUCUUUAGAUGUCAGUAUUUUUGUACAAUAUCAUUUCCCUACCUCCUUAAUGCUGUAUACUGACGUAUGUGUAUAUUUUUGUUAUUUUGUCUCAUUGUUAAAUGUAUCUCCAGUUUUAUUUCUAUGCCAAUAACUGAAUACAUAUUUUUUUUUUUAUACUGCAGAAAAUAAAAUAUUUGCAGA